GCGCCCAGACUACAUGUUUGUAGCAUGUGCUCUGUUCUAGUCCUAUCUGGAAAACACAGAUCACUUCAAGAUCAAGACCUCGUGGGUCUCUCGGUCUAGAUCGCGUGUGUGUGUGUCGGGUACUGAGCUUGUACGGUCGCUCAGCAAAAUAAUUACGAAACCUUUUCUCUACGACAACAAUCGACAAGGCUAUUCUGGAAAAACUCGAAGCGGUGGAAGCGCAACGGGCGGCCGCUGUGGAGCAGGCGGAAGGAGGGGGAGACGCUGAUGCUGACGGCGGUGCAGCUGCAGCUCCCGGGGAGGAUGAUCUCGAUGAUGCUGAGAAUUUGCAGCGACAGACCUCUACUCGCGGUCAAGAACAUCCCGCACCGUCCCCCUCCGACGACGAAUUUUCCACUGGUGCUCCGCAGGCCACCGGGCCACUGGGCACGAGGUUAAGAUUUGACACGAACGUCACGAGCGCAGCAGCAGCCGUGUACGGAGGCUACAUGAUGCCAGGAACAAUGGGCACAAGUGAUCAUCAAUUUUCCCACCAAGACCAAAGCUUCCGUCGAGGAGACUUUCUACCCGACGACCCGGAAGUUUCCCAGGACCUGCACGAAUUGAACGCGAAAGCGCGCGCGCGGUCCAGGACCCGCAGUCGCGACCACGCGGGCGAGGACAUGGUUUUGCUGGAACACGAGAAAGGCGAGGGGUUGGUGCUGAUGCAGGAACAGAUCGACCAGGAAGCGCAGUUGCAGCUCGAGAAGGAGGAACUGAUUCUCGAUCGGGAGCAAGGCUUUUUGGGCGACGGAGAUGAAACAGUUUAUGAUGCAGCGGGGCAGCAGGUAGUAACCCGGCCGAAACCGACACUACAGAUUAUCACGUCCGAUGACGAGCUGCACCGAAGUAGAGAAAAGAAAAAGCCUCUCGCAGCCAGAAUGCGAGAGCAGCAAACCGGCCCUGAUGGGCAACCGCUGCAGCCCCUUUCCGCGACGGAUCAACAGAGGACAGGGAACAAGUCAGUUCUCCCUCUUUCCACCACCUCUGUCGUUACGGCGAUCGCGCCGGCGUCGGAUUCCG